AUGGUCUGCCUCGCAGCGUACUUUGUACCGAGUGUCAACACCCACUUGUUUUCCGUGUGCAUGCUGAGCAGCUUUUGCGCCUACAGCGCGCAGUGCUAUGGGUAUAUCUAUCUUCGUCGACGCUUUCAUCACCUCGAGCGGACGUUUACGAGCCCUCUUGGGGUGCCCGGCGCCGUCUUUGCUUUUUGCGUCUGGCAGCUCAACAUCCUUUCGAUUCUUGGGUUCCAGACAUCACCCGGCGUCGCGUUUGGCGCCUUUGCCGUUCUCUGGUGUCUCCUCACCAUCUACUACUACGCCUAUGCCAAGCACCGCCAAACCAUCUCGGACGACGAGCGCAAGAUCUUAUUUGUUGCACACGUGGCCAACUACAAUGCGUCGCGCGCGACGCAGACCAAGUCGGGCAGUAAAAACAGCUCAAAAAGUCGGGUCAUUCGAGUCGCCGGUUGCUAGGACGGGGUGGCGCCGUCAAGUACCAAAUCAAAGCCUCGAAUCAAACCAACACGCUUACAACGAUAUGCACAGACCACUAACCUGAAAUACACAAACGAUACAUGGUAGAACCGGC